UGGCUGUUCCCCCUGGUAACUCACUCAGAGUUGAGGUUAACUCUCUUUCUGGAACAGAAAACCUGGAUUUAACAAACUCAGAGUUGUUAGCUGAACCUGCUUCCUGGAAUAAGACCCAUCAGCUGGCUGUGAACACAUAGGAGAAAAGAUGUCAUCCAUAAAGUGUGUGAUGGUGGGUGACCUUGAAGUGGGAAAGACCUGCCUGUUCAUAUCCUACACAACCAACCAAUUUCCUUCUGAUUACGUCCCCACAGUGUCUAACAAUUUUGUCAUGACGGUGAUGAUCAGAGAGAUGGAGUACACUCUGAAAGUAUGUGACACUUCAGGUCAUGAUGAUUAUGACCGGCUGAGACCCCUCAGCUACCCCCAGACUGAUGUCUUCCUUGUCUGUUUCUCCACUGUAUCACCCUCAACUGUCGACAAUGUCAAAGAAAAGUGGGUGCCAGAGAUUUCAUUCCACUGCCCGGGGGCGCCAUUCCUGCUGGUUGGUACUCAGGUGGAUCUGAGAUAUGACAGCAACACCUUGGAGAAGCUGGCCAAGAACAAACAACAAGCCAUAAGCUUUGAGAGUGGAGAGAAACUGGCUGUUGAGCUGAAUGCCGUCAAAUACAUGGAGUGUUCAGCUCUGACACAGGAAGGAGUUCAGAAAGUCUUUGAAGAGGCCAUCCAGGUGGUACUGGAGCGUCCACACACCAAAUCCAGUAGUCGCUGUAUCCUACUAUAGAGGCCAGAAGAAGAAGAGAAGAUGGAGAUGGACCUGGAAGAGAUUAUUAAGCUGGAUGGGAACAGGGAGGAAGGAGAGACACAUGUUUAAAAAUGCCUUUACCGGGGUGCCGGGGUGGCUCAGUGGUAGAGCAGGCGACCAUGUAUGCCGUGAGGCAAAAAGUAGA